AUGACUUCUCAAGACCACCAAUCGCUUACGUUUGAGCAGACGAAUUCAGAUGAUUCAACGGAGGUGUUGGACCCCGUCGCCCGAAGACGACUCCAAAAUCGCCUCAAUCAACGUGCGAGCAGAAAAAGGAAAGCGUUAGAGACGAGAAACCAACACAGAGCGUUGGACAAGAAAUGGGUUGUCUACAUCGAGGAUUCAAAAAUCCCAAAGAAGAAUGCAUUCGCAAAAGACGCACCAAGCAACCAAAUCGCGAGAGAACCAUCGUCUCCCCGCCAAAACGGACAAUAUCUGCGUCGCUUCAAUUCUCCACAGCGCAACGAGUUUAUCAAUAAUAUACAUGCAAGAACUUUGCAUAUGAUCGAGAACCCGGUUCUCUCACUCAAUCCCACCCUGCAAACCAGUGUGAUUCGAGCGAUGUUAGUCAACGCCAGUCUCAUGGGCCUCACAAUUGAAAUUCUUGAAGAAGAUCUCGCAUCGCAGUUCAACCUCGUCGGUCCAUCGACACUACACCUCCCACCAAGCCUGUAUCCAUCCCAACAACAAAGGAAAAUCAUCCACCAUCCUUGGAUCGACCUGAUUCCAAUGUUAUCUCUACGGGAGGCCCUCUUGGCUAGGACAGAUGAGAUUGACGAAGAUGAGAUAUGUUGCGAUUUCUAUCAGGCGCGUGAUUCCUCACAAGAAGUCGGGCUUCGUGUCUGGGGCGAAGCUUGGGAUCCAUCUGCUUAUGAGGCGUCGGAGACAUUGAUCAGGAAAUGGAACUGGAUUGCAAAAGACUGUCCCGACAUAAUCGAGUCUUCUAAUUACUGGAGGAUACAGCGAGGGGAGAAUCCUAUGUCGUUUAAGAAGAUCAAAUAA